AUGGAAGUAAAUAAAUCAAUACUUCACGAGUUAUAUGUCUUUUCAGAAUGGAAACCAGAGCCAGAAUAUUUACAAAAACCGGAUAGCAUUUUUCCAGAAAACAUAUCAACUCUUUGGCGAUGGUUAAAAUUUUUUGGUGCCAAAAAAAGUUUGAUAGAUAGUAUAUCAGCUCAUAAAGAGCAACAACAAAAAUGGCACAUAGCUCUUGGAGAUGAGGGUAAAGUUAUUGCAGUACUAACUGAUAACAUUCUUGAGAUUAGGACCAAAAGAUCUGAAUAUGCUACAAUUGCAGCGAGAACAACUGUAAGCCGGGAUGUAUAUUCUCAAUGGCGCAAGUUGGUGUGGAGUCCAGACUGUUCAUUUAUAGUUGUUGCAUAUGGAAAUGGAAUAGUUAGCUUCUUUGAUCUCACAGCUUCCAAUCUCUUCAAUAUUCCAGCUGAUUGCUCUAGACCAGGAGGUUUAGAAUGCACAGACAACACUCAUGCUGUUGCAGAUAUCAUAUUUAUGCCUCUUAGAACAAAGGACACGAAAUGGAACUGGGAAGUACUAAUUGUGACAUAUGAUGGGAAAUUGCGUGGUUAUCUAGUGUCGCAAACAGAAGGUUUUAAACUGCACCAUUCAUUCUGUUUUGCGGGGGGCACAGCGGCGCUUAGUUACUGCUCGCCUCAUUCCAUGCUUUUGGUUGCUGGUGUACCAAGAUCCAGUAGCAAGGACCCUACCUCACCACUGACAGCUGGCAUCACCGCGUGGCGCAUUCUGAACGAUGAUCCGUUCUAUAAGCUGAGCGUCGUGUCCGAUCAGCUGGAGAUGCAGCUGGCCAAUGAAAGAUUCCAUCUUUACGUGCCUUUUGUUUCUUCUAAGAACAUGGCAUUUAUCAUACAAAUGGUGUUAUCGCCUGACGCGAGCAAGCUGGUGUGCCUGCACUGCAACGGCGACGUGUCAGUGUGGCAGCUGCCGAUGUUGAAGCUGCUGCAGCGCCACCCGCUCGUCUCCCAGCCACAACAUGACUUGCGGAACCCGCUCGUGGCUGAACAAACGCCGCCCAAGAAGUACGAUCCUUCGGCGUUCUAUGCGGCCGACGUUAACUGGUGGAGCAAUGAGGAAUUGAUUUUGUCGCGAUUCAGUGGUGCAGUCACAGUUUGCUCCAUAACAGAUAUGGUGAACUUAUUGGGAAAGAAACCAGAAUUCUUUCAAGGAACACCUCAAGUAACUUGCGCACAUGAUGGAGCAUUUAUGGCGCUGGAGUGUGAAUCAAACGUACUGCCUGCAAAAAAAUCUAGAAGUGACGAAAGUAUGGAAGUGGUGAAAGCCGAAGCGGACGUGGAGGAUUCCAUGUUAGAUCUGACGAAGGAGUUGUUCAAGUCCGUGCUGUAUGCCAUAACAGACAUCGAGGCGUUCCAACCGCGACCGAGGCGUAUCACUGUUGUGUCCAGGAUAUAUAGGUUGUUGGGCGUUAAGAGCACCACGCCCAAUGAACUGUUCUCUAGGAAGAUCGAGAGCGGUAGCUACAGCGAGGCGUUGACUUUAGCGGACACUUUCGGAUUAGACAGCGACCGCGUCUACCAGCAACAGUGGCGCAAGAACCCCGUCUCCACUGACGCCAUCAACAAGUAUCUGAGUAAAGUGUCGAAGAAGAUAUGGGCGGUGCACCAGUGCGUGGACCGACUGCCUGAGACUCUGCCCGCGGCCAAGGAGCUCCUACAGUUCGGCCUGGAGCUCACCAACGAGAGAAUAUUGCACGAAAUCAACAAAGACCGCAAGGAGUGCGAAGUGAAGGACCCUGACGACAUCACGCUGGAAGAUCUCAACGCGUACACAAGCGAGCUACUACGCUGUCGACACGUCAUGUUGUUCUACAAGGAGCGGCUCAGACUCUAUGAGGCAAUACUGAGGUGUGAGAAGUCAACGUACGUAAAGGACGAAUAUGAUCGCUUACGUAGCAACAGCAUCGUCCACAGUUCAAUGGAAAUCGCCAAAGAGGGGCGCAUAGAGGCGUUGACUUGUCUCUGGCCCAACAUAAAGACGGUAGCGAUGCAACUAGCGGUGCUGGAGAACAUACCGGAGGUCAUCAACCCUCUGGAUUACCAGCACCUGUUACCCACGGAACGACCGUUUCAGGAGUGGUUUGAGAAAAAAUCGCCGAUUAAGAUCAAACCGUCGGAAUAUGAGUACGAUUGGUGCAGGAAGGAGAUCUUUAGGUGUAUAUGGAGUUCGAACUGGUCCGAGGACACCACCCCUGAGACAGAGACGGUCGGCGCGAUGGCCUCGCCGGCGCAGCCCGCGGACAUCGCGCAGUGGUACGAGAAGCGCGCGCGGCAGAUAGAGGAGCGCAGCGGCCUCGCCUCGCACGCUCUCACUCUGGUCACGCUCGCGCACCUCGGCGGCGGCGUGGGCGGGCUCGAGCGCGCCAUGUUCCACCUGCUGACGCUGGACACGCUGCUGUACGACGUGAACCUGGAGGGCGUCACACUCGCGCACCUGGAGAACAUCACGCCGCUCGACACCUGCGCCAUGCUCAUGCGGAUGUCGACGCCGGCAACGUUCGUGUCAGACUUGAAACAGUUCGUGAUCCCGUUCCUGAAGCGGUACGAGAUCUUCUCAAAGCGCGCCGACGCCUGCCUCAGCGGCCUCACCGAUUACCUCGAGAGCAUUAGUGUGGAUGACCUCUCUUCUAUACUUUUGGUAUUACAGUCGCCUAGCGAAUUCGAACUGGAUAUACGCACACAUUUGGAGUUGGUCGAAAGAUGUCUUUUCGCCCACAACGGCACCGAUCAGUUAGAUAAAGCUUGUGAUUUACUUGAUACUAUUUUAAAAGAAACGGAUGGCAGUAUAUCCGGCAGUGAAUUGGUCCGUCGCGUAUCGGAACUGGAGAAACUGGUCGCGGCGUGCAGCCUCGCGGCCGGACGCGGGCUAGCGCUGCCCCUGCGAGAGCUGCGAGACAUGCACGCUGACGUCAACAAGGCGCGCCAACUGCUGACCAGGCUCGCGCGCGCCACUGCUGUAUGUGAUGAAAAACCAACACAACAAGACUGGGCUGAACUGCUGAAAGACUUGUUGGAGCUGCAAUCAUCACUUUUCACGUGCAUAACUAAACAAGAGUGUUACGAGAUCUACGCGUCUUCGCUGCUGACAUCAGGCGACGCUAACAGCAUCAAGCUAGCUUCGGAAGUAUUGACGUGUUCGGACACCGCUCGCCGUGGCUCCAGCCUUGUGCCGUACAAUCUAAGCGUUUCACUCGUAUCGGCGGCGGCUAAAGAAUACUUCAACUCCGCUUCCGCUCUCAAUGAUCCUGCGUUGGAGCUUGCUAAGUGCUGUUUGACUUUAGUAAAAGACGGCAACCCAGCUGUUCAGGAAGAGCUAGAUCUUAUUGCUGCUUUGCAAUUACUGAGUGCUUUUGAUUUAACAAUUCUUCCAAUACAAGUUCGUCUUUGUGAGGACCGAAUGACGCUAAUCGAAGAGUGUUUGAACUCUGAUCCCAACGCCUACAUGGCUAGCCACAAGCUGCUGAAAUUAGCUAAACUUCUGCGAAUCGCUGGUGACGAUGAACAUACAAGAGAGGCUCAGGUGCUAGUAGCAGUGGGUAGUGCAGCCGCGCGGGCGGAGGGGUGGAGCGCGGCGGCAGAGGCGGCGCGGCGACUGGCGGCGUUGCAACACGCACCCGCCGCCCCCCUGCUGGCGCACGUGGCAUCGCACGCGCGCGCCCACGCCGACCCCGCCGCUCGCCGCCUGCUGCUGGCUGCCGCCGCCGCCGCGCUGCCCGCCGCGCGCCUGGAGCACGUGCUGCGUGACAGGCUAGCACUAGAGCUUGAAGGCAUGCAACAGACGGGAAUGGCCCUGAAGGAGCACCACCGGCUAACCGACCGCUGGCCUUCCACAGAUGAUGAGUUUGACGAUGCCAUCACUACACCUGUAAUAGAACAAAAAGAUCUCGUUGCGCCCACGCAAACGGAAAAGAAGAUGCCACUGUUCAAUUAUUUAUUAGACUCGUUACAAAACAAGUUUUCUGGGAGCGGCGAUGACAAAACCUCUGCAAGCGAAGAACCGGAAGAGCGUUCAGUGCACUGCCAAGAGUUCUACCGGUCGUUGUACCCUGGCCACAAGGCUUCCAGCACACAUUACGGCUACGAUCGUUUCACGGCGCCCGACGGUCACGGCGGCGCGCCCGCUGCCCACGCGCUGUUGAAUUGGUACUACAUGCAGAACUGCCUCGAUGAUGGCGGCGCACCGGAGAUCGAGACAAUGGUUGUACAAAAAUGCGCAGAAGAGCUGUUAUAUAAGGACACUCCGUUGAGCGUGGCAUGCAUGUUGCGCUCCACGCAGGACUCCGGCAAGGCGAGGAAGACUAUAGACGUGCACAACACUGAUACCGCUGUCAGUGCCACGCUGUACGCCACCCUGAUGAAGUGCAACGCGCCAGAACUGAGGGACAACGUCUACCUCACCGAGCCUGCUGUUAUGGCCAGGACGACGCUGCAGCAGAAGAACGCAUCCCAAGAGCAACUGGAGCUGAUACGCGAGUGUAUGGAGCGGCUCACGGGCAUGGGGGAAGUGGACAAACUGCGGCGGCUCGGCGUCGCCGUCAACGGGCUGUUGUUUAACGCCGACCCCGACUACCGCGCCGAGAUCAUAUACCGCGUCGCCAGGUCGCCGGAUCCAGAGCACGUAUCAAUGGCUUGCGCGCUGGGCGAUAAGUACGGGCUGCCAGCGCUGGACGUGUGGCUGCAGCACUGGGCCGCACACGCGCCGCCCACGCUGCCCCCGCCCCCGCCCCAGGCCGCGCUGCGGGACCCGCGCGCCUAUACCCGCAUCAAAGAAACCCUGUGGCCUCUAAUUCAAGGCAACGAUCAUAACGCGUUGAUCUACUUCUUCACAACGCUGCGCAGCGUGGAUGAUAAAGUGCAAGUCUUCGGCCUCACACCCACAGAACACAUUAAGACGCUUAAAAAAGUAAAGGCAGCUUCUUCGGCGUUGGACUAUAAGCUGCUGGUGAGUCAGCCAACUGCGGAGGACUAUCGCGCCCACCUGGUUGACAUACUGCGGCCCGAGAACGUGGCGCUGGUGAGCAAGCUGCUGCGAGCACUGCCCGCGCCGCUGCGGCCGCCGCUGCCCCUCGGAGCGGUGUACGCCGCCUGGCUCACGCAUUGCUUCUACAGCGUUCCACCUAGUUCCGCAACCAACAAGAAGUGGAUGCAGCAGUACCGGCAGUGCUCCAGCUACUUCAACAAGUUAUCAAAAGACGACCUUACGGAGUUCGUCCUCAACACUUGCUUCUCAAAGCAAGCUAUUGAAAGAGUACCAGCAGGCACUCGGAGUUUGAUGAUAAUGCAGGCGGUAGAUUACUGCCAACAAGAACAAGAGAACGAUUACAAAUUCAACAAGAACGAACAAACUUGGGCCCAACUUGGCAACGAACUAACGCGAUGGGCACGUUUUCUAGACAACUUUCACUCGAGUACAAUACAAGGCAUUGUAGAAAACUGCGCAUUGUCCGAUCCUACAAUAUGGCACGAAAUGGAAAUGAGUCACGGUGACACCGAGCGCGUGGUAAGCAGCGCGGCGAAACUGGUGAUGACACACGAGCUGCGGCCGGCGGCGCUCGGCACGCUGCUGCAGUGUCUGCACGCCGACGCAGACCACGCGCGCGUGCUGCAACACGCCGCCGCGCACCUCGCGCACUCGCUGCAGGAUGUGCAGACGCUGACAAACCGUGUGCUGUCGUAUCACAAGGAGGGCGUGAAGCUGCCCCCGGAACUGAUAGAGCAGGUGGUGGAGAUGGGCGCGGCGCUGGGGCUGGCGCCGGCGCGGCAGGUGGCGCUGCUGGGGCUGCGCGGGCAGGGCGCGCCGCACGCCCACCACGCGCACCACGCGCUGCAGCUGCUGCGCGCCGAGUGGCCGCGCGCGCACGACCAGCUGACCGAAGAAGACCUAAUGAGUGACGAAGGUCGUAGUGCCGCUUUCAAUGAGAGUCUCGCGGAAGCGGAUUCGUGGCAGCGGAGGAAAGUGUUGGUAGAUCUUUUAAACUGCUGGCCAAGAACACUAAACAGCGAGGGGCGGAGUCUUCACAGCGUGUAUUUACAUUGGCUACUGACCAGCAACUGUGACGCUGCAGAGAGCCUUGUAUUAUGCAAACUGCUACUGCGACACCCAGUAUUAAACCAGGAGGAAGUGAAAUGGUUAGUGGAUAGCGCGUCGAGCCACUCUGCGAUCAAUACUCUGUGGGUCGUUCUACUCAGCCGAUGCGAAAGCUCCUUGGAACAAAACGUGUUCAGUUUAUUGCAACGACACAAGGAAACGAUACAGACAGAGGCGAUAGAAGACGAGUUGGUCAAAGAAAUUUUGGACAGUGGUUUGUUUUUGAAACUAGUAUCAUCGCCUAUUUAUUCGUCAAUAAUAUGUUAUAUUAUCAGUGUAGGACCUUCCAAGCUGAAUACUUCUGACGAUGGUAAUAUGUACACGGUAAAAUGGGCAACUACUGAAUUGGUAAGGGCUAACUUCUUAGCUGAGGCUGGUCAUCUGCAGCUACUUGCAAUGGGAGUGCCGUCACCGCUACGAGGCUUCUCCCAGUCAGUUCAGUUUUGCAAAAAUUUGCUUAAACGGAAUUAA